AUGUCCUCAAAUCAAUUGCAAGAACUCAAAAAGUACACCACCGUAGUGGCCGAUACUGGUGAUUUUAAAUUGUUGCAUGAAUAUCAACCAACGGAUGCUACCACUAAUCCAUCGUUGAUUUUCCAAGCCAGUCAAUUGAAGGAAUAUGAACAUUUGGUACAAGACGGAAUUGAAUAUGCAAAGAGAGUCGGAGGUAGUGAUAUUAAGAAGCAACUAGAGGCUGCCCUUGAUAAGUUGAAUGUUAAUUUUGGAUUAGAAAUUUUGAAAAUUAUUAAAGGAAGAGUAUCAACAGAGGUGGAUGCCAGACUUUCUUUUGAUACGGAAGGUACAAUUAACAAGGCUAGACAUCUCAUUAAAAUGUAUGAAGAUGCAGGAAUUUCAAGAGAAAGAGUUCUUGUCAAGAUUGCAUCUACAUGGGAAGGUAUUCAAGCUGCAAAAGUUUUGGAGCAAGAAGGUAUUCAUUGCAACUUGACAUUGUUGUUCUCAAAGAUUCAAGCAAUUGCUUGUGCUGAAGCCAAAGUUACACUCAUCUCUCCUUUCGUUGGCAGAAUUUUGGAUUACUACAAGGAAAAGGGACAAACCUUCGAGAAAGCUAGUGACGAUCCUGGAGUCAUUUCUGUUUCCUCAAUUUAUGAUUACUUUAAGAAGUUCGGACAUACCACCACCGUGAUGGGAGCAUCAUUCAGAAAUACAGGGGAAAUAAUCGAAUUGGCUGGUUGUGAUUUACUUACUAUUUCUCCAGCUCUUUUGAAACAAUUGGCAAGCACUCCUUGUGACACUUUGGAAAGAAAGCUGUCUCCAGAAAAAGCUUUGGAAAUGGAUAUUCCCAAGGUAGAAGUUAAUGAGAAAAUAUUCAGAUGGGAACUUAAUGAAGAUGCAAUGGCUACUGACAAGCUUGCUGAUGGAAUCAGAAAAUUCACUCAAGAUCUUCUCAAAUUAGAAAAGCUCAUUCAUCCAAAGCUUGAAUGA